UGAUUUCUUCCCAAAGCACUCUCCCCAUUCUUUGGAUUUAAAAGAGUGAUAAUAAAUAAAAAUAAAUAUAUAUGUACAUAUAUAUAUCACCUUCAAUUUGAAAAGCUAUUAAGAAAGGUUUCCAGAUUUCAGCCUAGAGUAGAGAAAACAUAAAUAAGAGCACAGGAGUCAUAGAACUGUACAGCUCUAAUCACAGGCAAUGAGUCCCAAAGGGGUGGCAAAAAGAACCUAACAGAAAGAACUGCUGCUAGUUACCUGAUCUUGGACAAUUUACUUAAACUCUCAGAGCCUCAGUUUUCUCAUGUGAUAGAAUCAAAUUAGUUAAACAUUUAUCACGCUUUCAUUAUGUGCUGGGCUCUGUAACACGCAUUGAGUAGGUCUCACAGUAUCAAACUGAAUGAAAAAAAUGUAGUCAAAGGUCAGCAACAAAGCAGAUAUUCAAAAAAUAUGUUUCCUUCCACUUCCUUUUCAACAUACGAUCAUUGUAUACCCCAACACAGUCACAAGUAAGGUGACCACAGGCAAUUUCAUACAUAGGAAAAAACUGGGGGGGGGGGGGCAGACACCAAUGGAUUAGAAUAUUUCUUCAGCAUUAUGCCUCAUGAACCUCAGUUCAGCUUGUGUUCUUGACUUAAAUCCAUGAAACCAUGAGUUUCUAUUUAAGAUCAACAAUGAUUUCUUAUUUGAUAUGUAGUUCAAGGCUUAUACAGACGCUGCCUCAUUUAUCCUUUCAGGCAGCUUGUGAAGUGAAUGAGAACCCAUUUUACAGAUGAUAAAGCCAGUGGAAGCAGAUUCUUUUAUGCCUCUUUUGUUCCCUAGUACUAGUACUAGUCUGCACUGAGGAAACACUCAAAAGAUACUGUUUACCCACUGACCGUUUCAGCCGCCCAUGAAGGGGAGGUACCCCGAGUUAGUGAAAAAAAAAAAAAAAGGUGGAUUGCACUGUGGCCGCUCAGCUCUGCCUUCUCCUUCUGUAGGUAGGUGAAUCAUGGGAGACUGGAGUUUCCUGGGGAACAUUUUGGAGGAGGUGAAUGAGCACUCCACUGUCAUCGGCCGCGUAUGGCUCACGGUGCUUUUCAUCUUUCGGAUCCUCAUCCUCGGUACUGCCGCAGAGUUCGUGUGGGGGGAUGAGCAGUCCGACUUCGUGUGCAACACCCAGCAGCCAGGUUGCGAGAACGUCUGCUACGACGAGGCCUUCCCCAUCUCCCACAUCCGUCUCUGGGUCCUGCAGAUCAUCUUCGUCUCCACGCCGUCGCUGGUGUACGUGGGGCACGCGGUGCACCACGUCCGCAUGGAGGAGAAACGCAAGGAGCGCGAGGCAGAGGAGCUGAGCCAGCAGUCGCCGGGCAACGGCGGCGAGAGGGCGCCCCUAGCGGCGGACCAGGGCAGCGUCAAGAAGAGCAGCAGCAGCAGCAAAGGCACCAAGAAGUUCCGGCUGGAGGGGACCCUGCUGAGGACCUACGUCUGCCACAUCAUCUUCAAGACCCUCUUUGAGGUGGGCUUCAUCGUGGGCCACUACUUCCUGUACGGUUUCCGGAUCCUGCCUCUCUACCGCUGCAGCCGGUGGCCCUGCCCCAACGUGGUGGACUGCUUCGUGUCACGACCCACCGAGAAAACCAUCUUCAUCCUCUUCAUGCUGUCCGUGGCCUCCGUGUCCCUCUUCCUCAAUAUUCUGGAGAUGAGCCACCUGAGCCUGAAGAAAAUCCGAUCCGCCUUAAAGAGGCCAGUGGAGCAGCCACUGGGGGAGAUUCCUGAGAAGUCCCUCCACUCCAUUGCCGUCUCCUCCAUCCAGAAGGCCAAGGGCUACCAGCUCCUCGAAGAAGAGAAAAUCGUGUCCCAUUAUUUCCCUUUGACGGAGGUGGGGAUGGUAGAGGCCAGCCCCCUUUCUGCCAAGCCUUUCAGUCAGUUCGAGGAGAAGGUGGGCCCGGGGCCCCUGGGAGACUUGUCCAGGGCCUACCAGGAGACCCUGCCUUCCUACGCUCAGGUGGGCGCCCAGGAGGGAGUCGAGGAGGAGCAGCCCGUAGAAGCGGCCGCAGAACUAGAGGUGGGCGAGAAGAGUCAGGAGGCAGAGAGAGUGAGCACAGAAGGCCAAGAGACACUGGCCGUGCUGGAAGCGGAGAAAGUGGAGCCCCCCGAAGUGGAGAAGGAGGUUGAGAAAGAAGAGCCGCCGCCUGAGAAGGUAUCAAAGCAAGAGCUGACGCCUGAGAAGGCGCCUUCGCUGUGUGCGGAGCUGCCAGGGGAUGACACCAGACCCCUGAGCAGGCUGAGCAAAGCCAGCAGCCGGGCCAGGUCAGACGAUCUCACGGUGUGAAGCGGUGCCAAAGAGAGAAAGAAAACGCCUGAGCUAACACACGGCAAGAUGAAACCUAAAGUUGCCGACACGAUUUGAGUCUUCUCUCCCUCCCCUCACACCCACCCUGGUUGGACGGGCACCGUGAUAGAACCGUGAAUGCAGGACAACCAGGAAACUGCCUUUCCCGUGUGCAAAGGCUACCCAGAUAAGC